CCCCCACGUGAUUCUUAAGAGGAACUAAUGAGCUACUGUAUAAUGCACAUUAAAGCACUUUGAAAAGUAUAAAGUGCCCAGAGAACACAAAACUGUGAACUCCUCAAAGGAAAGCCAAAAGGAAACGUGUCCUAUUUAGCUUUAUCACUCAUAUGCCUGGCCGUUCUUAAACACCCAAGUGUGUGGGAUGGAUUAUUGCUAUUAAGUGAACCAGGUGUUUUUCCCUACUAGUGGGAGACUCAGAGUGCAUUUAGGGUGGUGCGGGUAUUCUGAGCCAUUUUCUACCAGUGUCUGCACCUUGUUGUGAUGCUGAGGCAAAGUAAUGUGUGGGGGUGGAAUGGUGAAAGCCAGGGGUCACAAAUAAGUGGCUGUAGGGUAACUAAAAAGGCCGGAGGAGAAAGGCAACAGCGUGAGGAGAAUUAUAAAUGAAGACAGACACUCCGGUCCCAAUAAAAGGAUAAUGGGGGCUGCGGACCGGAGAGUAGAAGUGCCAUCUGAGAGGUGGCAACGGACGACUCAGGUCCUGCACCCCAUUGUCGCCAUGGGAAUGAAGGGCCGUCCCACUGUUGCCAUAUCUUCCAUUGUUUUCAAUAGAUGCUGCAAUGUGUCAGUUUUGCCUGUUGACAAUUAAUUUGCAAAAAAAAAAAAAAAGUCUUUGAGCAGGUAAUUUGUGAUCUCGGCUUCAGUUCUCUAGAAAUUGGGGCCAAAUUCCUGAGAGCACAUGGUAACAAAAUUAGAAGUGAGAAGUGGGUGUCACAGUGCAUCAAGUUCUAGGCAAGGAAAUCAAGUUAAUGAUUCUGGGUCGUUUGCUUGACUUGGACAAUAGAUUAGCAACUUGAAGAAUCUACAUUUAAAGAACAUUUAAAUGUAGAAACAAAAUCUUCCAGGUGGUGGUUUAAUAAUAUAUAUAAAACCAGAAGGAUAAAAGGUUAUCGUGAACUUACAAUUUAGGACUAAGCAAAACAUUCAUAAAAUUGCAGAGACCUUAAUUGAGCGACUCUAAUGCACCAAGCAUCAUUGGGGACAGAGGUUAAGAAUAUGGAAAUGAUUAAAACAUGAGCUCCCUUCCUCAAUGUGCUCAUUAUUGAAAGGGGAGGCAGACAAUUGCAUAAAUAAAUUGCAGUAACAACAGUGCAACAAUCACUGUGUUCAAGGCAGGAGCAAGAGGAAGCGAUGUCUGAGCUAAAUUUUGAAGAGCCACUUGUAUUUUUUCAGGUGGAACAGAUGGAAGGGGGAGAAGGAUAUUCCACACCUCUUUCCUGAGCUGCCCCAAUUUCCCGCCCCACUUGAUUCAGCCCGAUGCUUCUACCAAACUGGGCUACCUAUGAAAACUAGCAUCUCUGUUGACGGGGGGGGGGCUGACAUGUUUGGGAGUGAAGGGUAGGAAACCCACACUCACAGUGACAAAUGGGAAAAGGCUGCAUCUCUCCUAAGCUGAGCUUUUAGUCUUGGUCAGGAUAGCAGCAGACAAGAGAAUUAGCCAAAAAUUUAAUAGGGAUCUUCCAGGGAAGUCCUGGAAAUGAGAGUCAUGGAGGGGCUUGAUAAAUGCUCCACACAUCCCUAGAGACUAGGGAAGCUAUACAGACAUGCAGCCCAGAAGAGGAUACAAGUUGCAUCAGAAUUGUUAGUGGUUCGGUACUACUGAAAGAUUGAGAAGUAUAAGGAAGGAAAGCCGGGAGAUGAAGCAGGAAAGGUUGGGAGAUGCCAGACUGUGAAGGACCUCAUAAUGUUUGAACAAGGAGUGCUGGCGGUGAAAAGAAGCUCAGGAAAAAUUUUGUUAAUCCUUAUUAUUGAAGUAUAUUUGACCUACAAUGUUAUAAUAGUUUCAGGUGUACAACGUAGAGAUUGGACAGUUUCAUACAUUAUGCGGUGCUCACCGUGACACGUGCCGUGCCGUUCUCCAAUGUAUCCCUUCCUUCGCACUUCCUGAAGGCAACCCUAUCCUGAAUUUGGUCUGUUUUAUAAUUACCCUUCAUUUCUUUAUAUUCCACCACAGUUGUAUGUAUAUAACAUUUUUAACUUUUUAUUUUGAUGUAAUUUCAAACUCACAGAGAAGUUCUUUGUUGAUGUUGUGCAGUGUUCUCUUGAGGGAAUGUACUACCGUUCUCACGUUAAUCGAUAUUUCGGUUAUUUCCAAAGUUUUGCCAUUUCAAACAGUGCUACUAUUAAAUUUAAAGUAGUUUUGACUUCAACACAUGGAAGAAGGUCAUGUAUCAUUUGUUAUUUAGAAAAAGGUAAUGUAAAGAUUAUAAAAAUCAAACAUCAUAAAAGCAAAUCAUUGGCAGUUUAAAUUAACAUUUUUAUGCCGCAUUAAAAUUUGUAGCAGUCCAUCUCUCAAAACUAAAUAUACUGGACACGGGUAUAACUGCAUUUUGGAUUUGCAGAGUAAUUAGGCAUUAUUCUUGUGAUUUGUGUUUAUCUUUGCUACUCAUUUUUCUCUGUUAUUAUGGGUACUAUUAAUAUGAAUGCACCAGUUCAGUCUUCUAUAAAUUGGAGCAGAGAAUAACUUCCCAUUGAUAUCAUUGAGAACAUUUAUACAGUUUUGUUUUGCUGAUGAAAGGAGAAUGCCCUCUCUGCCCUCAUUACAAGAAAAAGUUUCUGUCAGCUCUCUUUUAUUUAUGAGCUGUGUCUGUACCCACAAGCAGUUUGUAUAUGGACCCAAACAUCGUUAUUAUUAGAAAAUUAUUUGUACAGGUAUAUCCUACUUCAGCUUUACCGAGCAGAUUUUACCAAGCAAAUUACAUAUUAUAAAUGCAUGACCUUAUUUAAUUCUCCCGACUAUUACAUAAUUCUCAAAGCUAAUCUCCAGUUAAAAGACUGAACGAGGCUUAAGAAACUUGCUCAUGUCACUAGAUAGUAGAGCAGGGAUUCAAACCCAGGCCUCAGUGAUCCCAGCCAAAGCCCACAUUUCUAGCCUCUGAGCUGCACCCUGCUAUACUACCGUAAAAUAACAGUAAUUUCCAUUUAUUGAGCACUUGGAUGCCAAGAACUAACCUAACUACCUUAUUUAUGUACAUUAUGCCCAUUAUACAGAUGAACAAACCAAGGCUUUCAAAGGUUAAAUAAUUUUAGGAUUAUAGCAAGUAUCCAAACAGAUGCAAAGCCAGGACUGGUGUCCCUUCAAAGCCAUCUCACUGCAAUGCCAGUAUCUUCUCUACACCUUAUACAUACAGGAAACAAUGCUGAGAAUGUCUUUGAAAUAUGGUGCUUUGUCCUCAUGCUGGCUUAUGGAGAUGUGGCUGUAGCCAGUCCAGACCUCUCAUCUAUAUGACACAUGGACACCUCCAACCAUCGAACCAGAGACGUGAGCUUCACACUGAUGAAGCCAACCUCAGGUCUCACACCAUCCUUGAACCAGUCACAGUGGCCCUACCCCAUUGACUCCAAGAGAAGGAGUGUUACAGGACAUCUCUGCUUUGUGAGUAAUCAGACAUGCAAAUAGCCCCACAAGAAUCAAGCUAAAUUUAAAGAAGACUUACUUAGAAACAUUGAAAAGUGUAUCAUGGAGUUCAAGGCUGAGGGAAAAGAAAAAUACCAACAUAGCUUGAAUUUACUGAAUAAAGUUAAGAACAUGAAAGAAUUAGCAGAAAUGAUUGACGUAGUACUCAUAGCAGAAGGGGAGAAAUUUCCUUGCCACAGGCUGGUCCUGGCUGCAUUUAGUCCUUAUUUCAAAGCUAUGUUCACUUGUGGACUGCUUGAAUGUACUCAAAGGGAAGUCAUACUUCAUGACAUUACAGCAGAAAGUGUGUCAGUGAUAUUGAACUACAUGUACAAUGCGGCUUUGGAGAUCAACAAUGCCAAUGUACAGACCGUAGCUAUGGCUGCCUACUUUAUGCAGAUGGAAGAAAUCUUUAGUGUGUGUCAAAAAUACAUGAUGGACCAUAUGGAUGCCUCAAACUGUGUAGGUAUCUAUUAUUUUGCAAAGCAGAUUGGAGCUGAAGAUUUAUCCGAUCAAUCAAAGAAAUAUUUAUAUCAGCACUUUGCUGAGGUGAGCUUACAUGAAGAAAUACUAGAAAUCGGAGCACACCAAUUUCUGACGCUUAUUAAAUCAGAUGACUUGAACAUAUCCAGGGAGGAGAGCAUCCUGGACUUAGUCCUGAGAUGGGUAAAUCAUAACCAAGAAUUGCGCACAGAACAUCUUGUUGAGCUUUUGAAGCAGGUCAGAUUGGAACUUAUAAAUCCUUCUUUUUUAAGACAAGCCCUAAAAAGGAACACAAUGCUUCUGUGUGAUGCAGCUUGCAUUGACAUCAUUCAAAACGCAUUCAAAGCCAUCAAGACACCCCAGCAGCACUCUCUAAAUCUCCGUUAUGGCAUGGAGACUACUAGUCUUUUGCUUUGCAUUGGCAACAAUUCUUCAGGAAUCAGGUCAAGACACAGGAACUAUGGGGAGGCCAGUUUUUGUUAUGAUCCCGCUUCACGGAAGACCUAUUUCAUUUCAUCUCCCAAGUAUGGAGAGGGUUUGGGAACCGUGUGUGCUGGUGUCGUCACAGAAAACAACACUAUAAUUGUGGCCGGAGAAGCAAGUGCCUCCAAACUCGCUAGACAAAAGAACAAGAAUGUUGAAAUCUAUAGGUAUCAUGACAGAGGGAACCAGUUUUGGGAGAAGUUAUGCACAGCUGAAUUUCGAGAGCUCUACGCUCUGGGCUGUGUCUGUAAUGACGUCUAUGUUAUAGGAGGACAGAUGAAAGUUAAAAACCAGUAUCUCAUCACAAACUGUGUCGAUAAGUACUCAGUAGAACGGGACAGUUGGAGAAGGGUGUCUCCCCUCCCACUGCAGUUGGCGUGCCAUGCCGUAGUCACGGUGAAUAAUAAACUUUACGUGAUCGGAGGCUGGACCCCUCAGAUGGAUCUUCCUGAUGAAGAACCAGAUCGACUAAGCAACCGACUGUUGCAAUAUGACCCCAGCCAAGAUCAAUGGACAGAGCGGGCGCCCAUGAAGUUCUCUAAGUACCGAUUCAGUACAGCCGUAGUCAACAGUGAGAUUUAUGUUUUGGGUGGAAUUGGCUGUGUAGGUCGAGACAAAGGCCAGGUUCGAAAGUGCCUCGAUGUGGUAGAGAUCUAUAACCCUGAUGGGGACUUCUGGAGAGAGGGCCCACCUAUGCCAAGCCCCCUGCUCUCCCUUCGAACCAAUUCUACCAACGCAGGAGCAGUGGAUGGGAAGCUCUAUGUCUGCGGGGGAUUCCACGGAGCAGAUCGACAUGAAGUUAUCUCCAAAGAAAUACUGGAGCUAGACCCAUGGGAAAACCAGUGGAAUGUUGUAGCCAUUGAUGUCCUCAUGCAUGACAGUUACGAUGUCUGCCUGGUGGCCAGGAUGAACCCCCGAGACCUCAUCCCCCCACCUUCAGAUUUGGUGGAAGAAGGCAAUGAGCACUGAAGUCAGUGUUUGCUGUAGGACCUCCUGCUACGUCUGCACAGGAGGCAUUAGGAAUGGAGAGAGCCACAGGCCCCAGCCAGUCACCCUGGACAUGUGUGUUGCAGGCAUAGCGGUCCAUGUGCAUAGCAGCGUGUGCUUGGUGCUGUGAUAGGGAGUGAGCAGAGUCUGUGCUCAGGGACCUCCAGUCGGCUAGGAUGGACAAGACAUUACAAGGCCAAGUGUGGCGACAGCACAGGAAGAACACAGGGUGAGUGCCAUAGGAAUCGGGUGAUGGAGGGACCUCAUGCUGCUGGGACUCAAGGACUGCACUGUCAAGGAGCAGGCCUUUCACCAGGGCCUUGGAGGAUGAGGAAGAAGCAGUCCCAUGGGUGCAGCUGAUGGGGACAUCACAGAAACAGCUGAGCAAAGGCCCAGAGCUGGGUCAGGUUGCCGGGGCCAUAGGCUCUGCUACUAAGGUUGGAAAAGAAGGCUGCAGAUAAGUGACCAACACCUGGAAAAGCAAGGACUGUGGACCUGGUCUCUGAGCAGGGGAAUUAUCUCAACAUCCUGUGAUGUUAAAGGAAGACUUCUCUCUUUGCUCUGUUCUGGUUUCAGUCUUACAAAGGCUUUCUAUUCUCGUGUAUGAUACUCUUCUACUGCAACAACAUUGCCCAAAAUGGGGCUAGCGGUGGACCACAAGUUGCCAACAGCUCAGGCACUCAAGCCCAACCACAGUGAGCAGAGAGGAACUCCCCCCUGGGCCAGGGCAGUGCCAGGGACAGAGAUUGGGAGCCCUGCUACCCUGGCCCACUCAGGUUGGCACACAGUGCCCUGGACGAGACUUAUCCAAGCUGCCCUUGGCCGGCUCUCAAGCGCAUAUGACCUUCUGGACACUGGCCCUGGCUGCAUGCAACUGGCCUAGGCCACCCAUAGUCCAGGCCCUGGAGUGAAGGAGAGAGGAAGCAUAUCCUUUUGGCUACCUGCCGCCUGCCCUCUUACCCAGCCUUUGCAAUAUCUUCCCCAAGACUGGAAGGUAGGGAUGGAGCUGCCUGCUUCAGCCCCCGGUUGAGCAUCAUCAGAAAACAGGCACUCCCAAAAUAUGCUUUAGGGCUGACAUGUAAAUGACACGUGGGAAAUCCAUCUAUUUUCCUGGCCAUCCAAACUCUUAGAAGCACAAUGGAUUCAAAGAAUGCAUUUUGGUAGCUUCUCCAGAGUUUCCCAGUGCACGGCACUCUUGCUUACACAGGAGUGGUCAGCAAAUUCCCUAGAAUUUUCCCAGAAGGAGACAAUGCUAGAUCGAGAUGGCUCUUCUCUGGUGCAGAGCUAUGCGGCCGUGAUGCCUAUCAGCCCAUGUCGCCAGAUUCCAGCAAGAGGCUAUACCAGGCAGAAGAGCCAGGUCCAUGGAAACUGGAGCCAGUUGGAAACCUGCUUCUGCCACCACCCAGGGGGUCCACUUAGACCAGCGCAGGUUGUCCCCAAGUAGGCCAGGCUCUAGGAGGGCAGGGGCCGUGUCUGUCACUUUGCACUUUGCAACUGUGCUACUCGAAGCCCGCGGUGAGCAAAGUGUGCUUGUAGGCAGUGAGGCGCAAACACAUUCUCUGUGUUUAUACAGAGGGUUCUAAGAACACUACUCGCGUGAGUUCAAAUGAGCUGAUCCUUCUCCACAAUCUGUGGAUUAUUUUUCUUGCUGCAAAGGCAGAGCAGUUCUGGGAGUGGGCUGUGCUGGCCAUGGAAGCCAUGGUUGCAGAGAGCCUGUUUCCCCAACUUCCUCAUAGCAGAACCACGGUGCCUGCUGCACACACACACUAGAAGCUGCCACAUUUCCGUGUGUCAAGGAGGCCUGGUCGGCACGUCGUAAUCCAUCUUCUAGAGGCACUGGGUUCAAGAUCUCGGCCCUGGUGCCAGCGUUGCUACUUAGCCAGCCGUGUGAUCAUGGCCAAAAACAACCUUUUCUAAAGCCUCAUUUUCCCCAAAUGAAGGAUGGGAAGAAAAAUCAUUUCUAAGGUUGGUGUGAGGACCGAGUGAGAAAGUGCUGAGCACAGUCCCUGUUCGAUACUAAGACAAUAAACAUCCUUCACCUGCCAUUAUUUCUAGUAGCAUCGUCAUUGUAGUCUGCAUUUCCCAAAGCAUGGUGCCCACAACAACCAGUACUUGAGUGGACUCGUGGGAUUAUAGGGGAGCCGUGCAUGUGGUGUGAGGGGGUUCUUAGCUCCCCAGACCCAGCCACUCAGGCCCUCCAGGUGGUGUGCAGGUAAACAAGCAAGCCUUCGCUUUAGUGUCUAUUUUAAGCCCGAGGUGCUUUUUGUCUGACUUUCAUAUUUGUAAUUAAAAACAAGAUGUCUCUGCCCUCCUGUUGGCAGAUAUUGUCAGAGAUUCGGCUUUGAAUUCCUACGGCUCCUUUCCUCAUCUCAGCUGACGGCUGUCCCAGUAUCUCAGUGGAGGACUCUCAGAAAACAUGGACUCUUCGUGAGGCAGGACUUCCGGACACUGAGCAGCACACCAUAGUAGGGAAAUGAUCCGGAGGCUGAGGCUGGCAAGAGAUGGCAGCCAUCAGCCCAGCCCCGUCUGGUCUGCAUCCGCCAAGAAAGCGCCACUGUUCUCACUGAUCGACUUUAUGAUGAGCAAAUGCUUUCAGUUUGAACUUACAAAAUAAAAAUGUACGAUAAUGAACAAUCA